CAAACUUUUAUUUAUGUGUCAACAUUUGGAGAUAAAUGUCUCACUGAUUCUGAUCCAUCCGUGUCGGUUAAUUCUGCCAGUUGGAUUUUUGUUUACAGGGGGAUGAAGAUGCUGCUGGUGUUGCUGCUCCUCAUCAACAUUUCCCAGCAUGCCCUGGCUGUGGUGGUGGAGGUGAAUGAGGGGGAAAGAUCUGUCCUGCUGCCCUGUCAGUACUCAGGUAUUACACCCGAGGACCCCACAAUGAUGUGGAUGCGCAAUGAUCUUCAUCCCAACUCUGUCCACCUACAGCGAGAAGGAAGAGAUGACCUUAGAGGACAAAACCAGCGUUACAGCAGGCGCACAUCGAUGAGGCGUGAUGCUCUGCACACUUUAGACUUCAGCCUCACUCUGAGAAAACCACAACUGACCGACAGCGGCAACUACACCUGCUCCAUGGGUGAUGGGAUAGGAGACCGAAAACUGACAGUUAUACAGCUACAGGUCAAAGACCAGCAGGUGGAGAUGAAGGUGACUGAAGGCUUAGAGUCCGUCAUCCUGCCCUGCAAAACAAAAUCUUACCUACCUGAGGACACCACAGUGGAGUGGACUCGCUCUGACCCAGAACUCAUGAUGGUCCAUAUGUAUGCAAACGAAGGCGACCAACUUAAUGACCAGGACGGCCUUUACAGAGACCGAACAACAGUGAAUGAAGACCUGCUGAGAACUGGAGACCUCAGUCUGACCCUGAAAAAACCCACAGAGAGAGACAGUGGAGGAUACAUCUGCACCAUCUACAGGGACAAAGACAUCCUGAGACAGAAAGUAGAGCUGCAGGUCAAAGAGCCAUUCCCAUCUUGGGCCAUAGCUCUCCCAAUUAUCCUGGUUGUUCUUGGGGUUUCUGGAGGUCUUUUAUUUCAUUUCCGGCACUAUUUCAUGUCAGUUUACCAGGUGGUGGUAGAUUCAGGGGUGGAGUCUGUCCAGCUGCCCUGCAAAGGCACACUUCACCUCCCCAAAGAUGCUAAAGUGGAGUGGAUGGACAACAAUGACAGGAAGGUCCAUGUGUAUGUGAAUGGCCCUGAUGAACCUGAACAACAGGACGAGUUUUACACAGAUCGAACGAAGAUGAAUGAAGUCCCCCAGGUGGUGGUGGAUUCAGGGGUGGAGUCUGUCUUGUUGGACUGUAGAACCACACUUAAGUUACGUGAAGGUGCUAAAGUGGAGUGGAGAGACGCUUACAGGAAGGUCCAUGUGUAUCAGGAUGGCUCGACUAAGCCAGAGAAACAGGAUCAGGUGUACAGAGGCCGAACAGAGAUGAAUAAAGAUGCGCUGAGGACUGGAGACCUCAGUCUGACCCUGAGAUACCCCACAAUCACAAACAUCUACACCUGCACCCUCUAUGACAGGGAGGAACACAUCCUGCUGAGGAAACAAGUGGUGCUCAAUGUCAGAGUCCACCAGGUGGCCGUGGAUUCAGGGGAGAUGUCUGUCCAACUGCCCUGUGAAACCACACUUGAGUUGCCUCAUGAUGCUAAAGUGGAGUGGAGAGACACUUACAAAAAGGCCCAUGUGUAUGAGGAUGGCUCUAAUAAACCAGAAAAACAAGAUCAGGAUUACAGAGGCCGGACAGAGGUGAAUGAAGACCUGCUGACAACUGGAGACCUCAGUUUGACCCUGCAAUACCCCACCGAUGGAGACACAGACACCUACACCUGCACCGUCUACAGCAAGGAGGGAAAAAUCAUGUUCAAGAAAGCAGUUAAUCUGAAAGUCAAUGUCUGUCAGGUGGAGGUGGAGGAGGGGAUGGAGUCUGUUUGUCUGCCAUUUAAAACUACAAAAAACCUGCCCAAAGAUGUUGUAGUUGCGUGGCAAUCUGAUGAAAUGAUGGUCCACGUGUAUGAGAACGGCUCUGACAAGCUUGAAGAACAGGACGAGGUUUACAGAGACCGAACUAAGAUGAAUGAAGACCUGCUGAAAACUGGAGACCUCAGUCUGACCCUGAAACAGCCCACAGAUGAUGACAAUGGAGAAUACAGCUGUGAAGUCAGCAACAGGGAUGACAACCGCACACACAGAAUUUGGAGACACAAAAUUGUGCUGCUCAAAGUCAAAGAGAUGCUGCGGCCCCAGCAGACCACACCAUAA